GGGGGUUUCGAAGCAGGCGAGACGCGCUGGGAGAGGUGCUGCAGCUCGGUAGAGUAACCGGUACAGGCUGAAGGACCCAGGCGCAGAGUCCUCCUCGCCGGGUGCGGUUCUUCAGGUCGCUUCUCCUAAGCUUGCCCGUUUUGCAGCUUUCUCCGUCUGCUGAAAGUUGCUACACAAAUUUACAACAAAACUGGAAUUUAACCAGUUAUGGAGCUGGCUCAUAGUUUGUUACUGAACGAGGAAGCAUUAGCCCAAAUCACAGAAGCAAAGAGACCAGUGUUUAUCUUUGAGUGGUUAAGAUUUUUGGAUAAGGUGCUAGUAGCUGCUAAUAAGACAGAUGUCAAGGAAAAACAGAAGAAACUUGUAGAACAGCUAACAGGACUCAUCAGCAGUUCCCCUGGGCCACCUACGCGAAAACUGCUAGCAAAAAAUCUUGCUGCUCUCUACAGCAUUGGAGACACAUAUACUGUUUUUCAGACGCUUGACAAGUGUAACGACAUCAUCAAGAGCAAAGAUGAUACUGCAGCCUACCUGCCCACAAAACUGGCUGCUGUGGCAUGUGUUGGAGCAUUUUAUGAAAAAAUGGGCAGAAUGCUGGGUAGUUCUUUUCCAGAAACAGUGAAUAAUCUUUUGAAGUCUCUGAAAAGUGCAGAGUCUCAGGGCCGCAGUGAAAUUCUGAUGAGUUUACAGAAGGUCCUAAAUGGACUGGGAGGAGCAGCAGCUUCUUGUCACCGUGAUAUUUAUAAGAAUGCCCGAUCUCUGUUGACGGACAGAUCUAUGGCUGUACGAUGCGCAGUGGCUAAGUGUCUGCUGGAAUUACAGAAUGAAGCGGUGUUUAUGUGGACAGCUGAGCUAGAGAAUGUUGCAACACUGUGCUUUAAAGCUCUGGAAAACUCAAACUACGGUGUGCGAGUUGCAGUGUCAAAGCUUUUGGGGACGGUCAUGGCUACAGCACUGAUACCAAAACAAGCAACAGUGAUGCGACAGAAUGUGAAGAGAGCCACGCUUGAGGAGGUCUUGGAGCUCAUGGCCACUGGAUUUCUGCGAGGAGGAUCUGGUUUCCUAAAGAGUGGUGGAGAGAUGUUAAAAGUAGGAGGAUCUGUCAAUAGGGAAGUGCGAGUUGGUGUUACCCAGGCCUAUGUUGUCUUUGUUACAACAUUAGGAGGUCAGUGGCUGGAGCGCAACUUUGCUACGUUUUUGUCGCAUGUACUUGAUCUGGUCUCCCAUCCUCGUGCAACUCAGACCCAUGUGGAGGCAGUUUACUCUCGAAGAUGCGUGUCCUUCAUCCUAAGAGCAACUGUGGGCAGCUUACUUGGAGAGAAAGCACAGAUUGCAGCUGCCAAAGAUAUAUGUCAAGCCAUUGGUAAACAAAUGAAGGCAGUGGAAGCAGUAGUGAAUGAUGCUAAUAGUGAAAACAAAUCAGGAGCUGCUGAUGUAGCUGCAAGCCAGCAUGUAAUGGUGUGUGCCCUCCAGGAACUGGGUAGUCUGGUUCAAAGUCUGAAUGCCACUGCAUCUCCUCUUAUUCAAGAACCAUCUAUUGGUCUGUUGGAGACAGUAACUUCAGUUCUUCUUCAUCCCAGCAUGGCUGCUCGACUUGCUGCUGCAUGGUGCUUGCGGUGUGUGGCUGUGGCAUUGCCUUUCCAGUUGACUCCAUUUUUAGAUAGAUGUGCAGAAAGACUCAACAAUCUGAAGACCUCUCCUGAAGCUGUUAGUGGCUACAGUUUUGCAAUGGCUGCUUUGUUAGGUGGUGUCCAUCAGUGUCCCUUAGGUAUUCCUCACGCCAAAGGAAAGAUGGUGGUCAGUAUUGCUGAGGAUCUGUUACGAACUGCUGCACAAAACAGUAGACUUUCCUUGCAGCGGACUCAAGCUGGAUGGCUUUUACUUGGAGCACUUAUGACUUUAGGUCCUUCUGUUGUUCGGUAUCAUCUACCUAAGAUGUUGCUGCUGUGGCGAAACGUGUUUCCACGUUCUCUGAAGGAGCUGGAAGCAGAGAAGGCGAGAGGAGAUUCUUUUACCUGGCAAGUAACACUGGAAGGCCGUGCUGGAGCUUUGUGCGCUAUGAGAAGUUUUGUUGCUCACUGUCCUGAGCUUCUUACUGAGGAUGUGAUCAGGAAAUUGAUGACACCUAUAGAAUGUGCCAUGACAAUGAUGUCGCACAUUCCAUCGGUAAUUAAAGCCCAUGGAGCUCAUCUCAAAGCUAGUGCAGCUAUGGUCCGUUUAAGACUUUAUGAUAUAUUGGCUUUAUUACCUCCAAAGACAUAUGAAGGAUCAUUUAACGCACUUCUUCGAGAGUUGGUAGCAGAAUUUACUUUGACAGACAACUCUGCUAAUACAACCACAUCACUCCUAAGGUCUCUUUGUCAUUAUGAUGAUAGUGUUCUUCUUGGCUCUUGGCUGCAGGAAACAGAUCAUAAGUCAAUUGAAGACCAGCUUCAGCCAAACAGUGCAUCUGGAAGUGGUGCUUUGGAACAUGACCCAUCUUCUAUUUAUUUGCGGAUCCCUGCUGGUGAAGCUGUACCUGGUCCCCUUCCUUUAGGAGUAUCUGUCAUCGAUGCAUCCGUGGCUCUCUUUGGUGUGGUUUUUCCUCAUGUCUCUUACAAACAUAGAUUACAGAUGUUGGAUCACUUUGCUGAAUGUGUCAAGCAGGCUAAAGGUGUUCGCCAGCAAGCUGUGCAGCUUAAUAUCUUUACUGCUGUUCUUAGUGCCUUGAAGGGUUUAGCUGAGAAUAAAAGCACGUUAGGACCAGAAGAAGUCCGCAAAUCUGCUCUGACGCUGGUAAUGGGUGCCCUUGAUAAUCCUAACCCUAUUUUGAGAUGUGCAGCAGGCGAAGCUCUUGGCAGAAUGGCUCAAGUGGUUGGAGAGGCCUCUUUCAUUGCUAGAAUGGCUCAGUACAGUUUUGAUAAGUUAAAAUCUGCUCGCGAUGUUGUAUCAAGAACAGGCCAUUCUUUGGCUCUGGGCUGUCUCCAUCGGUAUGUUGGUGGAAUAGGUUCUGGACAGCAUCUGAAAACUAGUGUCAGUAUUCUUCUGGCUUUGGCACAAGAUGGAACCUCUCCUGAAGUCCAGACCUGGUCACUCCAUUCACUUGCCUUGAUAGUAGAUUCUAGCGGACCAAUGUAUCGUGGAUAUGUGGAGCCAACGCUUUCUCUAGUUCUUACUCUGCUCUUAACUGUUCCACCAUCGCAUACAGAAGUACAUCAAUGCUUAGGUCGAUGUCUUGGAGCUAUAAUAACUACUGUUGGGCCUGAGCUGCAAGGUAAUGGAGCUACAAUUUCAACAAUCCGUUCUUCCUGUUUGGUGGGCUGUGCAAUCACACAAGACCAUUCAGACUCGCUUGUUCAGGCAGCUGCCAUAUCCUGCCUUCAGCAGCUUCACAUGUUUGCACCACGGCACGUCAACCUGUCCAGUCUGGUUCCCAGUCUUUGUGUUCAUUUGUGCAGCUCCCACUUGCUGCUUCGCCGGGCUGCAGUUGCAUGUUUACGACAGCUUGCUCAGAGGGAAGCAGCAGAAGUGUGUGAAUAUGCCAUGAGCUUAGCAAAAAAUGCCGGGGACAAAGAAAACAGUGGUAUCAAUAUGAAUCCUUUUGCACCAGGAGCUGGUUCUCGGCGAGAUGCUCAUUCUCGACAUCAGGGGGUUAAUAUAACAGAGACAGGCCUCGAAGGUGUCCUUUUUGGAAUGUUGGAUCGGGAGACUGAUCGGAAGUUGUGCUCAGAUAUCCACGAUACUCUGGGACAUAUGCUUUCAUCGCUCGCAGUAGAAAACCUUUCUCACUGGUUAAUGCUUUGUAAGGAUGUCCUUGCAGCUUCCAGUGAUAUGAGCACUGCUGCUCCCCUGGGAGGAGGGAAGGAUGAGGAAUCGGAGAAGAAGGAUGAGAUGGAUGAUGACACAAUGUUUACCACCUUGGGUGAAGAGGAUAAAUCCAAGCCUUCUGUAGCACCUCGUUGGGCAACUCGUGUGUUUGCAGCAGAUUGUCUGUGUCGGGUUAUCAUGCUGUGUGAGAAUGCGAACAAGGCACACUUCGAUCUGGCACUGGCUCGUUCGGCCAGACUUAAAAACCCAAAAAAUGACUUUUUAGUACUCCAUCUCUCUGACCUUAUUCGAAUGGCAUUCAUGGCUGCGACUGAUCACAGCAACCAGUUACGAAUGGCGGGUCUUCAAGCUCUUGAAGAUAUUAUCAAGAAAUUUGCAUCUGUCCCUGAGCCAGAGUUUCCAGGCCACGUGAUACUGGAGCAGUAUCAGGCUAAUGUUGGAGCUGCUCUGAGGCCAGCUUUUUCCCAAGAUACACCGUCAGAUAUAACUGCAAAGGCCUGCCAGGUAUGUAGUGCUUGGAUAGGCAGUGGGGUUGUAAGUGACCUGAACGACCUCCGCCGAGUUCACAACCUUCUUGUCUCUUCCCUGGAUAAAGUGCAAGCAGGAAAGGGAUCUUCUAGCCAGCUUUACCGAGAGAGUGCGACUACUAUGGAAAAACUUGCAGUUCUGAAAGCAUGGGCUGAGGUAUAUGUUGUUGCCAUGAAAAUUAAGAAAGAAGCAGAGACCAAACCAAAGCGUGUUUUAAAGAGCACAGAGGAGGAUGAGGAUGAUUUUGGUACUAUAGAUGAGUUGCCACCAGACAGUUUGAUAACACUUGUACAACCUGAGCUGCCUGCACUUAGCCGUCUCUGGUUAGCUGCACUGAAAGAUUAUGCUCUUCUAACUUUACCAGCUGAAUUUGCUACCCAGCUUCCGCCAGAUGGGGGAGCAUUUUACACUCCAGAAACAAUUGAUACAGCUAGACUGCAUUACCGAAACUCCUGGGCUCCCAUACUACAUGCAGUGGCACUUUGGCUAAACAGUACAGGAUUUAAUGCUUCAGAGUCAACAGAAGAGACUGCUGCAGCAAUGCCCAAUUCACAGAAACGUGCCACGUCCAUUAUGUUAAACCAGACACCUGGAACUCCACCUACCACUAAGUCUUUGCCAGAGAUAAACAAAGAUCGAAUGCACUUAAUUUUGGGUGUUAGUAUACAGUUUCUGUGUUCCCCACGACCCGAAGAGCCUGUUGAGCAUGUUACAUCUUGUUUACAAGCACUUCAUACUUUAUUGGAUUCCCCUUGUGCCAGGAUCCAUAUUGCAGAGGAUCAGCUCCUUGGUGUUGAACUCUUGAGUGUGCUUCACAGACUCCUCUUGACCUGGGAUCCUCCUUCAGUCCAGCUACUGGUCACAGGAGUUGUCCAGCAGAUAGUAAGAGCAGCUCAAGAUUAUUUGCAGGAAAAAAGGAACACCCUAAAUGAAGAUGAUAUUGAGGAAAAAGAAAAUCCUCUUGCUUUAGGAGAGGGAGGUGAGAGUGGUGGUCUUGUGCCUGGGAAAUCCCUAGUCUUUGCAGCCAUGGAAUUGCUCAUGUUUAUCCUAGUACGGCACAUGCCCCAUCUGAGUUCAAAAGUGUCCGAUUCUCCAAGUCACAUUGCUGCUAAAUCCCACCUCUCUGAGGAAAGUGCUCGUUUUGGGGCUGCCACUGUUACGAUACUGUCUGACCUGCCUUCUCUGUGUUCUCCAGCAGGUAAGGUGGUGUACAAAAUAUGUACGAGUGGUUACUGUACGGGAAGUGUAGUGAGUCGUGAUUGUUUUUGUUUUUCAGAAGCCUCUAAGCCUAUUCUUGAUGAAGUAAGCAUACUUACAGCUAUUGCUCUCUUCCUUUGGUCAGCAAGCACUGAAAUAAUCGGAGUGCAGACUUUACAAAAUGGAUGUAUGAACAGAUUUAAAAGUGCAUUAAAUUCCUGUGAUCCUUGGGUUCAAGCCAAGUGUUACCAGCUUCUGCUUUCUGUGUUCCAACACACCAACCGAGCCCUGUCAACACCAUAUAUUCAUUCGUUGGCCCCUAUCAUGGUUGAGAAGUUGAAAGCUGUGGAAAAGAGCCGCCCGAACAACAACCUGGAGCUGUUAGCAGUCCAGGAAGGAAUUAAAGUCCUUGAAACGCUGGUUGCCCUUGGUGAGGAGCAGAACAGAGUCCAGUUGCUCGCCCUUCUCGUUCCCACUCUGAUCUCCUAUUUACUGAAUGAAAAUGCCUUUGCUUCUGCAUCUACAGCAUCUAAAGAUCUUCACGAAUUUGCACUUCAGAAUCUAAUGCACAUUGGUCCGCUUUACCCACAUGCUUUCAAGACAGUAAUGGGAGCUGCUCCUGAGUUAAAAACACGUCUAGAAACUGCAGUCCGAGCAAGUCAGGCCAGCAAAGCAAAAGCAGCUGCUAGGCAACCACCACCCACAGUACAUUCCACCCCAACAAUUAAACUGAAAACUAGCUUUUUUUGAAUUACUUUUAUUAUUUUUGGACCAUUAAGUAGUCAGAAGCAUUACAUUAUCCCUGAUGUGUUACUGGAUAUAUGUCUGUAAUUUUGUGUAAUUUGUAUGUGAAAGGCUGUCUAAUAGAGCUUUGUGUAAUUACUUGAAAUCCGUGCGUUACAAGGGAAGUGGUGUUACUUGUAUUUGUAUAGAUUUUUAGGAAAUUGAAUGUGAUCAUAUUUAUGAAUUUGUGUUAUAAAUGAUCCACCAAAAAACCCCAUCCUCUAUCUGACUGAACAGUUUUAUUUAUUUUUAAAAGCUACCCCAAACCUUUGAGUGGUUUUUGAAAUCUGGUGAUUGUUAUCCUACCAUUGUGCCAACACACUUACCACAGUGGGGACGGAGGGAAGAGGGGAAGCUGUUAUGCAGUCCUUACCAUGUACCACGGGGGAUUUCAAGUGUAAAGUAUGCACUUUCUCCUUUUAAAAACAAAGUAAGGAAGGGGAUUGUCAGACCUUGUAGAUCAUUUCAGCUUGCAUGAAAAAAAAAACACAAAGAAUUGAAAAUUUUCAGCCUUUCUCAAGGUGAAUGAUCAAGCAUGCUGUCUUAAUGACUUGUCCUUAUUUAUGUGGUGUAUACUCCUUUCGGAUCCAUUUCCAUGCUUGAAAAUUAAUAAAGGAUGCAAAGAAUCUAAUCCCCUAUCUCUUCUAAAAUAAAAUUUUAAAGAAUGCAUUGGAAAUUGAGUUUACAGAAAGAACUGCCUGCCAUCUGCUUUUUUGUAGGUGUAGAUUUUUGCCCCUGUGAGGUGCUGGCUGUUAGCAGUCUUCCUAUUCUGCCAGACCCUGCUUGAAUAUGAUGAUUCACUGCUCUGCUCUUUGUCCAGAUUCCUAGGUAUUUAACCUUCCUGCAGGAUUUUAGUCUCAGUGGAUAUAUCUUAUCUGCAGUCCUUGAUGAUGUUUGCAGAGCCAAAUUACUUGAGCGCUUUGCACCUGUAUUGACUAAGGGAGUAGAACACAAGUGAGAGCCAGGCUCCUCCAGUCUUUCCUUCCCCUACCGGGCUUUUCUUUUUUUGAAAAGCAUGUGGCUCCCCUCCCAUCUGAGCGAGUCUGGGCUGCAGAUUUUGGAGCUUAGAGGUCAAGCGCUGUGCAAACCUUACAGUGCAGAGCCGGUGACUCCCAAUGUCCAUCUGCUGCCAGACCUCACCCUUCCUAUUGGCAGAAGUGCAGAAUGGUGUAUUUUCUUGUGUAUAUAAGACUGACUGACAUGAAUUUUCUGACACUGCUGUUUGAAUUUAUGGGGUUCUGUAGGGUUCUUUCUGUACAUUUUGCUUGAUAGGAGCUGCAUAACUGGAAGCCUCAGGCAGGCCUGUUGAGUUUCAUCUGUGAUGUUUUUCUGGAUACUCUCUAAAAAAACGGUGUAUUUCAGAAGCUUGUAUGUCAAGCCAAAAAUAACAAAGGGAUAGUAAAUAGAACUAAAUAUGAUUAAUAGUUGGUUGAAAUAUUUGUAGGCCAUUAUUUUUGCAUAGUCACUUGCCGGGUCUCUCUCUUCCCACAAGACCUUCUCUAACCCUUUGAGUACCUAUUCAAAAUGGAGGACAAAGAUGAUGCUCUUUUGCUCUGUUGUAUUUGGUGUGUGCAAAAUAUUUAACAUAAAAUCAGAAAAGCUUUUAUUUCACAGUGAAUAUUUUAGUAUUAAAAUGAGGACACAACAAGUGGUGCAUACUCUUCUUUCAAAUGUUUUUUUUUCAUAGAGACAUAAAGAUGUUAACUUCCAAGUCUUGUUCUGUUGUCCCACAGGAGUAAAGAUACAUGCGGAGCAAAAAGAAUAUGCCAUCUAUGAGGAAGAAAGUAAUUUCACUACUUUUUUCACCUUUAUGUGUAUAGUGGGAAUUAAAUUGCUAAAAAUAUAUCGCUUUCUAAUAAGUGUUUCCAGCAUCACAAAGCUACUUUGCUCAGAAGCUCUGAACCUGUUUAUCAUUUGAGAGAAAGUAUUAAGGAAACUUUCAGUACAAAAUGGAACACAAAAGUUUUGCAAGUGAAACUAAGGAAAUAACUUUAUAACCUGUUUUUGAUUCCAUCCCCCCAGGUAGUCUAGUAUUUAAUGACUUCGAUGUUUGUUGGAAACUUUUUGUCUCUAAUUAGGUGUUAUUUACCUUAAUUUUUAUCUCAGCACUUCUAUGUUUUGGUUAGACUCUAGUUUACAAGAUGUCUGAAAACUCAGAAAAGCGGGGGAAGGAGGGAAGUGUAGCAAUCAAGCAUAACUAAGAAGUCGGUAGAAAAAUAGAAAAAAGUUAGCGGAAGGAAGGGAACAUGGCACUAGACAGAUGUAGAGGGAUAAAGGGAGAGGUUUUUCUUUGUAUACUGUGUGACUGUACACAACAUGCUCAGCUCUCAUUUGUCUACAUCCUUCCCCAGUUUCUAGUCCUUGUUUGCUGCUUUUCUUGCUCCUGAUACUAA